AUGGCAGGCACGAGGAAUUAUGACUUCUUAAUAAAACUCCUACUGAUCGGCGAUUCGGGCGUUGGCAAAUCCUGCUGUCUGCUACGGUUCAGCGAAGACAGCUUCACGCCCAGUUUCAUCACCACCAUCGGGAUAGAUUUCAAAAUCCGCACCAUCGACCUAGAUGGCAAGCGCGUGAAACUACAGAUAUGGGACACCGCAGGCCAGGAGCGCUUCCGAACCAUCACCACCGCCUACUAUCGCGGCGCUAUGGGUAUCCUGCUAGUCUACGAUGUUACGGACGAGAAGAGCUUUAACAACAUAAGAACAUGGUUCUCCAACGUCGAGCAGCACGCCAGCGAAGGCGUCAACAAGAUCCUGAUCGGCAACAAAUGCGACUGGGAGGAGAAGCGCGCCGUCUCCACGGAGCAGGGCCAAGCCCUCGCUGACGAACUCGGCAUCCCGUUCCUCGAAGUCUCCGCCAAAUCCAACAUCAACAUAGAAAAGGCCUUUUACUCAUUAGCCGGCGACAUCAAGAAGCGCCUAAUCGACAGUUCGAAAGAAACCGGUGCCGCGGGCGGUGCGGGCUCUGGCCCCGGAGGCGUUAACGUCACACCGAAUCAGGCAGGCGGUAGUGUCGGUGGGAAGUGCUGUUAG